AUGGCCACUGUGCAUUACGCGGCGCCGCCGCCGCCGCCGAACGCCCACGCGCUCUCGAGGCCGCGCGCCGACGCCGCCGCGCUCCUCCCCGACGACGGCAGCGACAGCGAGAGCGUCGCGGAGUCGUCGUGCCCCGGCCCGUACUCGCGCCAGUCGGCGUCGAGCGGCUUCCUCGGCCGCGACGACGACGACGACGGCUGCAGCAGCUGCGUCGAGGGAAACGAGCUAGGCGGCUACCACUACCAGGAAGCUGACGACGACGACGACGACGACGAGGUCAGCACGGCGAGCGUGUGGUGGAAGAAGCGACUGGCGGCCGGAGACAGCUGCGUGUUCCAACCGUCGGUGGCUCGCGAGGAGGCGGAGGACCCGGAGCGGGUGGCGGCGCGGCAGGCGGAGGACCGCAAGUUCUGGGAGGACUGCCUCGGCACAGGGUAUCCAUGA